AAUAGCCGCAUUCUAAUUCUCUUUCGACCCUAAUUUUGGUUUUUGACGGUAAUAAAGUUUAUAACACCGGAAGAUCUCUGUGUCAGCGGCAUCCAAAUCUUUGUUUACGAAGGGACGUUGCGUGAAAUAAUCAAUCCAACAUAAUCAUGGCUGAUGAAAAAGAUGACCAUGAACCUGAAUCUCCAGACAUUCACUUUGAACCUUUAGUGAAACUCAGCCUGAUUGAGAAAAAAACAAUGGAAGAGGAUGAAGAUGUUUUGUUAUGCUUGAGAGCCAAACUGUUUCGCUAUGAUGUUGACGCUGAACCCAAAGAGUGGAAAGAACGUGGUACUGGAGAUUGUAAAAUUUUAAAGCAUCGAAGAACUGGUCUGAUACGUAUUCUUAUGAGAAGAGAUAAAACCCUAAAGAUUUGUGCUAAUCAUUACAUCUACCCCAACAUGGAACUGAAACCAAAUUGUGACAGUGACAGAGCCUGGGUUUGGUCCACAACCUCAGAUUUUGCUGAUGAAGAGAUGAAAGAAGAGGUACUUGCUAUCAGAUUUGCUAAAGCAGAAAGUGCUCAGAAAUUCAAAUCAGUGUUUGAUGAAUCAGCCGAAGAAAUGAAAACAGCAAUGAAAAACAAAACACUUAUUGAGGAUAAUGACGAGGAUGAUGAAAAAGAAGAUGAUGGUGUUGUCAAUACAAAGCCUGAUGCUAGCGACACCGAGCUGGCUGGUCAGCUGAAAGAUUUAAAAGUGGAAGAUGCAGACAACUCAACAUCAGAGAAAUGAAGCCGCAUUCGAUAUUGCUUCAGUGACUCAAUCAAAGCGUCAGGAUCUAAAGUGUUCAAAGUGCUGAAAUCGGUUGUCAAAAAUAAAUCUUUGACUCUGCGUGUCCCACUGACUGUGUCCUAUAAUUUGUUUUUGAGUAUUGUAUGACUUUGCAUUUUCUGUGCUUCUUGAUGCACUGCUCUUGCUGGUUGAGUUGGUUCCAAUGUUUUAUUGUCGAUACUUGAUUUUUGUCAUUUUUUAUGUUGUAUGGUUGGUAACAUUAUUGGCAAUGAAUCGACAUCAUCUGAAGACGGAGCUACAAGAAAAUUUUAUCACUUAGUACCUCACAUGAUUUUAACUUUUUAGAAAGCAAAUAUUUUAACGUUUUUAUUAGACUGUGACCUAUUUUAAUUGUGCAUUUGAUAAAAUGUGUCUGUAUGUUGUCAGUCCUGGACUACUGCCCUGUCACUGAAAUGAUAGCUUGACACUGCUGCCCAAAGAUACAGCGGUGUUGUCUUGAACUAUUGAACAUGUUACUACCACAAAGUGGUCUUUGUCUUAUUCUGUAAAUAAAUGUACAGUACAUUGUAA